GUCAACUGCUACUCCUGGCACAAGCGAGUAAUGACGUGGAUUAUCAUCCAUUGCUGUGGCAAAUCUGUUAGCUGACUCUCCACAUCAACACUUUGGACUGUUUCUGAGCAUAUUUAACAAGUAAGGAAGCAGCAUGAAUAAAGGCAAAGUUGAGAACCUUAAAGACAAAAUUGAUGGCAACGAGGUUGAUCUCAGUCUCAGUAACCUUACUGAGGUGCCAGUUAAGGAGCUGGCUGCAUUUCCAAAAGCAACAGCUUUGGAUCUAUCCUGUAAUAACCUCACAACCUUGACUCUUGAAUUCUGUAACCUGACUCACCUUGUCAAAAUCGAUCUCAGCAAGAAUCAGCUUGUCUGCUUACCAGAAGAAAUCGGACAGCUCUGUAACCUCCAGCAUCUGGAUUUAUACAACAACAAACUGAGAAAGCUUCCCGUCAGCUUCUCGCAACUAAGGAGUCUGAAAUGGCUGGAUUUGAAGGAUAACCCAUUGGAGGCAACCUUGGCCAAGGCUGCAGGUGAUUGCUUAGAUGAGAAACAGUGCAAACAGUGUGCGUCCAUGGUUCUCCAGCAUAUGAAGGUCCUUCAGGAGGAAGCAGACAGGGAACGAGAACGUCGGCUGUUAAAGGAGAGAGAACAAGAAAAGAAAAAAGAAGCUAAGCAGAGGGAAAGGGAAGCCAGGGAAAGAGAGGCACAGAAAAAGAAGAAAGCUGAUGAAAAGGAGAAAAAGAGGCAGGAGUAUCAGGCUCAGAUGUCUGCUUUCGCCGCUCAAGAACAACAGAAAAAAAAGAGGGAAGAGAAGAAAAAGAAAGCUGCUCAAAAUGACGGUAAAAAGACCAAAUCAGAGUCUGUGUCCAAAGGCAAGCGGUCCAUGUGCUCCUUGUUCUUCUCUUUCCUCCUGAAACUCCUCCUUCUGCUGAUUGUGGGAGUUUCAAGCGUUUUAGCAGUUUGUCAGUUGACUGAACUGAGAAAAGAAGCAUACUGUGUUCCACUAAAUGUACACUUUGAGGAAACCUUGAGAUGGGCUCAGGGUCUGGACAUCGUGCAGCAAGUCAUUCAAAAAAUGUCUGAUCUCAGAGCGUGGGAUUGACAUGUCUGUCAAUAAUCCAUCCUGCCCUGGAUCUGAGCCGGCAUGCAAUGCAUUGGGACCAAGUCACAGAUCUGUCUCUGCAAAUUCCUAUGGAAUUGAUUUUCUCUUAUUUUUGAAAUGAUCAUUAAUACUAUGGAUCAGUCUGUGAAUAAUAAUCUGGCCCGUGUGUCUUUAAACUGCCAAAACAGGACAGGAAAAUAACUUGAAAACUUCAAGAAGCAGUUUAUGAGUUAUUACAUUUGUGACCUUUGUAGUCCGAUGUACCACAACAUAUUAUAAUAAAGGUUUUGAUGAAUUUUCAUAA